UUUAAUGCUCACAUGAACAGGUUGAGUUGGCUGGUAAAAGUGCAGAGUCUGAGCUGUUCACAAAUGAUGAGCAUCCUCAAUAUGAGAUUUUAAAGAGGGAAGUUUUCAAGUCCAGAAAUAAGGAGGUUGUCCAACUGUUUGAACAUGGGAUUGGUAUUCAUCAUGCUGGAAUGUUACGUGCUGACAGAAACCUAACAGAAAGACUUUUCUCUCAGGGACUUUUGAAGGUCCUUGUUUGCACAGCAACUUUGGCAUGGGGAGUCAAUUUGCCUGCUCACACAGUUGUGAUUAAGGGAACUCAAAUAUAUGAUCCAAAGGCUGGUGGAUGGCGAGAUCUGGGUAUGCUAGAUGUUAUGCAAAUCUUCGGACGUGCUGGAAGACCUCAAUUUGAUAAAAGUGGUGAAGGCAUUAUAAUCACUUCACAUGACAAGUUGGCCUAUUAUUUACGUCUAUUGACAAGUCAACUUCCUAUAGAAAGUCAGUUUAUCAAUUCCUUGAAAGAUAAUCUAAAUGCUGAGGUGGUACUGGGUACUGUAACAAAUGUUAAGGAAGCUUGUGCUUGGCUUGGUUACACUUAUCUUUUCAUUAGGAUGAAGAUGAAUCCUUUGGCCUAUGGCAUAGGAUGGGAUGAGGUCAUGGCAGAUCCAUCAUUAAGCUUAAAGCAAAGAGAUUUUAUAAGUGAUGCUGCUCGUGCUCUUGACAAAGCAAAAAUGAUGCGUUUUGAUGAGAAAAGUGGGAACUUUUAUUGCACUGAGCUUGGUCGUAUUGCAAGCCACUUUUAUAUCCAGUAUACUAGUGUUGAAACUUACAAUGAAAUGUUGACACGCCAUAUGAAUGAAAGCGAGUUGAUAAGUAUGGUAGCUCAUUCUUCGGAAUUUGAAAAUAUUGUGGUCCGAGAUGAGGAACAAAAUGAGCUUGAGAUGUUGGCUCGCACAUAUUGUCAAUUGGAAGUCAAGGGUGGUCCAUCUAACAAAUAUGGAAAAGUUUCAAUUCUUAUUCAGCUGUACAUCUCUCGAGGAUCAAUUGACACGUUUUCACUAAUCUCUGAUGCGGCUUAUAUAAGUGCAAGCUUGGCUCGUAUCAUGCGGGCUCUUUUUGAGAUUUGCCUCCGUAGAGGAUGGUGUGAGAUGUCUGCUCUCAUGUUAGACUACUGCAAGGCUGUGGAUCGCCAAAUAUGGCCCCAUCUACAUCCUCUUAGACAGUUUGACAGAGAUAUUUCAUCAGAAAUAUUGAGGAAGCUUGAAGAAAGGGGAGCUGAUUUGGAUCGUUUACAAGAGAUGCAAGAGAAAGAUAUUGGAGCUUUGAUUCGUUAUGCACCUGGAGGAAAGGUUGUUAAGCAAUUUCUGGGAUAUUUCCCAUUAGUCCAGUUGUCUGCUACAGUCAGUCCAAUCACUAGAACAGUUCUGAAGGUGAAUACAUUUCUGCACUUGCUUUUGUUCUCUUGUUCUUGCUGAAUUUUACUCCCUUUU